UUUCUUCCCCUCUGUUCACAACCAGUUUUGAACAAAUAAAUCCUCUAACCCAUGGCGGUCAAAACUCAAAAGAAGAGUCGUGUAUUUAUUUCAAACAUCCACCGACCCGACCCGUCUAUACGAAUGAAAACCGCUUAGGUAUUUAUGCUUCAGAUACCCCCCUUUCGUCUUCUUCACAAACCCUUGGCAGGGUAGGAAGUUCUGAAUUCUCUUUCUCUGUUCGUAUAUACAAUCAAUUUACCACCGUAGGUUCUCGAUCGCUUGGAGGAUCGCGACAGAUCAUGAGCACACCGGGUCAGGUUAUGAAGUAUGCAAGAAACAGUAGGCGAAGGAAAGCAGUGUUGGAUCUCAAUGUUCCUCCAGUCGAAAACCUGGAGCAAGUGGGAGGGCCCGCCAUCUCAGUGUCUCAUGCUGGUCAGGGUGAUGUUCCAUCUGUUACAGUGGCUCAUGGCGGGGGUCAAGCUCAUCAGCCCACAGGGUCCACACAACCUGCUCCAAUUGACGUCGAAGAAUUGGAUGACGAUGUUAUUAUAUCAUCGCCUAGAGCAUUUGAAGAAGCGAAAAAGAAAUCACGAAGAAGUAGGACAGUGGUGGUUGAUGUGGAAGCUGAAGAAGCUGCUGGUAGGCAUGGUCUUAACCAAGCCUACAAGCGUAGAAGAGGUCCGUCAAUUGCACCAGUCAUUAAUUGUGAACUCUAUGUGAAUUUGGAUGGAAGUAGCGGCUCCAUGAGGGGGAAAGCACAAUACGUUGCACCAUCACCACCACCACCGCCGCCACCACCAAAGGAACCGACAUUCAGCUGUCCCGUUUGUAUGGGACCAUUAGUUGAAGAAGUGACGACCAAGUGCGGUCACAUCUUUUGCAAGGCGUGCAUCACCGCUGCAAUAAAUGCUCAGCAUAAAUGCCCUACCUGUAGGCAGAAACUUACAAACAGAAACCUUAUUAGGGUUUACCUCCCUGCCGCCAAGUGAGUUUAAGGUGGCAAUCUUAUGGUGUGCCUAUUGAUGUAAAGGAGAUGUUGAGUAGUAAAAGAUGACAUUUGUUUUUGGUUUCUUGUUAAGGGGUAGGAUGGGGGAUAUACGCAGCGGGUAGGGGUCUCUGAACUCAUGGAUUGUUAUUUGAGGUUGCUUGCUCUUAUCUGUUUUUUUUUUUUCGUUUAGCUGGUAAUCUGUGCAGUUCCGUGUCUGUUAUUUAUAAAUUCAUGAAUCAUAUUUGCACCUAAAAAUUAAAAGCACACCCGCCUUAGGAUGGCUGGAGCGCUUCUACCUAGUGUAGGCAAGUAUAGUAUAGAAGUCGAGCGCCUCUAAGCGCUUUCAUCCGAGGUGUGGAUGACUUUGGGCUUCUGGCAGUUUUAGUUUAUGCCUAAUAUGUCCAUGACAGUUUUCUUUCAUUAAUUUAAUGUCAGAUGCAGUUAUUUUCUUUCAAA